CCCAAGGAAGGAAACUGGGGCUGAAAGAUGGAGUGACGCAUGGCUGCGAAACGGCAGAGUUGUGGUUCUUUAGAUCACAGGGUUUAGAACCGCAGAGAGCCUUCGGGAAGAUCUAAUUAAUCCAGGGCCUCUUCACUUGAGUUCCUCAGUGGGCCCAUAAACUUGGGUAGGAAAAAAUGUCAUCUUUAUUUUCACCAUUAACAUUUCCCUCAGUUAUUUGAAACCAUGAUUUUGAGAAGCCACAGGGGUCCAUGACGCAAAAAAUGCGAAGAACCUCAUUUUUCCCCAUAUGAGGCAACUGAGACCCAGUUGGGAAAAAUGACUUGCCCAGGAUUUAAACCCAGGUCUUCAGCCUUCAAGUUCUGUUUGUUUUCCAUACUGCCAAAAGCAAGAUAAGAAGAAAUAGACUUCAACUUCAGCGAGAGGGAUUGGGGCUAGACGGUGUAAAAAGAACUCCAAGAUCCCAAGGGUCAUGAGACACAGGAUGAGAUUACAGAAGACUGUUCUGGAUUAUCAUGGCCUUCAGGCAGAUGCCCACCUCCCAACCUGAAAGGGUGGGUGAAAUGCUCACUUACAUCAUGGCCUGUGCCAGCAUUAGUUAACCCCAAGGUUAACUAGGACAAGAACAGGGCUAACCCCCGUUCCACCAAUGUAAUUUAGUAACAGGGUAAUCUGAGACACAGAGGCAGUUUGGCAAAAAUCUCCUCUGCUUGUAUCUUGGCUUUCCCACAGAUUUUGAGGUCCAGCAUUUCCUCCAGGCUGGCCCUCCCUUGGUUUGAGCCAGGAGCUGCCAGGAUCCUCAUGGAGCAGAGCCUGGGGGGCGCCCAGGUAAACAGAACCUCCCUGGAAGAGCUCACCCGUAUAAACUGAAGUCCAGGCUCAACUCAAGGUAUACAGGGGGAAUGAUGUGCCCAAGGUCACACAGACAGUGAGAGGCAGAGCCGAGGUGAGGACUAGGGCCUCUGACCCUGCAUCCAGAGCUCCUUCUGUUGGCUCCACCACCUUUGCCUCUAGGGCUGGCUAGUGUCUACACAGGCUCAUCUCAGGCUCAGCCCCCAUGGCUUUUGCAGAGCUUCUGGAGCGAGUCGGCAGCUGGGGGAGGUUUCAGAUCGUGCAGAUCGUCUCUCUGUUCUUACCCAUCAUAUGUAUCACCUCUCACAAUCUGCUGGACAACUUCUCAGCAGCUAUUCCCGACCAUCGCUGCCGGCAGCCCUUGCUAGACGAUGCCCCCGCCUCCCUCAACGUCACCAGAGGCCUGGGUCCUGAUGCCCUCCUGAGGGUCUUCAUCCCCAUGGACAAGCACCAGAAGCUGGAGAGAUGUCGUCGCUUCCUCCAUCCCCAGUGGCAGCUGUUGGAACUCAAUGCGUCAGCCCUGAAUGCAAGCGAGGCAGACACAGAGCCUUGCCUGGAUGGUUGGAUCUACGACCGCAGCGACUUCACCUCCACCAUCGUGUCUGAGUGGGAUAUGGUGUGUGACUGGCAGUUCCUGAAGCCCGUGGCUCAGUCCAUAUUCAUGGCCGGCAUCAUGGCUGGAGCUAUCAUAUGUGGUCUUGUCUCCGACAAGUUUGGGCGGAAGCUGGUAUUGAGCUGUUGCUACCUGCUGUUGGCCGUUGCUGGCUCCUGCUGUGCUGUCGUCCCCAACUUCUUCCUUUACGGCUGCCUCCGUUUCCUAUCAGCUGUUGCUGUGGCUGGCCUCAUGAUGAAUGCUGGGAUACUCAUGAUAGAGUGGACAAAAACCGAGGCUGGGGCCACUAUGAUGACCAUAAAUUCUAUUGGGUUUAGUAUUGGCGAGGUCUUGCUGUCAGGGGUUGCCUAUGCCAUCCGAGACUGGGGCUCCCUCCACCUGGCUGUGUCCGUGCCCUUCUUCUUCUUCUUUCUGUCUUCGUGGUGGCUGGCAGAGUCUGCCCGUUGGCUCAUCAUCGCAGGCAGAAUAGAUCAAGGGCUCCAUGCACUCAGGAAAGCCGCAGGAAUGAAUGGGAAGAAGGACGCUAGAGACACCUUGACCAUUGAGGUUGUGAAAUCUACCAUGCGGGAAGAAUUAAUGGUGGCUAAGACCGACCACUCAGUGCUGGAUCUCUUCCGAACCCCUGAACUGCUCAAGCGGUUUUGUUGCAUGUUCUCCUUGUGGUUUGCCUUUGGUUUCACCUUCUAUGGACUUAUCCUGGACCUGCAGAACUUGGGGACCAAUAUUUUCUUGCUCCAGACGCUCUUUGGGGUCAUUGAUAUCCCAAGCAAGAUUGGCGCCUUCUUCGCCAUGAAUUACAUGGGUCGGCGCAUAACCCAGGCAGGCUCCUAUAUCCUGGCUGGUCUCUGCAUUCUGGCCAACACGGUGAUACCCCAGGAGCUGCAAAUCCUGCGGGUGAUCCUGGCUGCGCUGGGAAUGGGCUUCAUGGGUUCUGGCUACACUGUUCUUUCUAUCUACAGCAGUGAGCUUUUCCCCACAGUGCUCAGAAUGACUGCUAUAGGUGGGGGCCAGAUGUCUGCACGUCUGGGUUCUAUCCUGGGGCCUCUGGUGAGGUUGCUGGAUCAGUUCAACGCUUUGCUGCCCCUGAUCAUCUACGGAGGCGUUGCUGUGAUCACGGGCCUCACUGCCCUCCUCUUGCCUGAAACCCUUAACCUGCCACUGCCAGACACCAUUCACGAUGUCGAGGUUCGGGGCCACAGAAUGAAAGGUGCAGAACAGGGAGGGAACAUUGCAAAGUCGACGAGAUUGUAGGACAGUCCUGAGAGACCACAGCCCAGGGCAGAGAGCCAGGUGGUACAGUGGUUAGCAUGCUGGACCUGGUGUCAGAAAGA